CUGAGUUUCCGUGUAUGUUUCCUGAUGAAUUGAUCGGCAAAUUGUUUAAUGUAUACCGUGGGUCACCCCCUAUUUUUUCAUCAUUUUGGUUCUUCGAAGAUGACGGUGUUGUGCUUGAUUUAGGUGGUGAUCCAGCUUAUUGUCAUCAAAUUACAGAUCAGUUUUAUGUUCUCAGUUAUGGUGAAAACAAAUUUGAAUGUUUAACUAUAGAUUUUACUCCUGGUGAAAACAAAUUUACAAUUGGUGACAGAGGUAUUCCAAAAGUAGUAAAUCCAGUGCCUCCAGGGGCUUUCAAUGAAACUGUUUUGUGCAGUCUUUGCUCCGAAGCUACAACUACGUUCGACCUUGCCAUUGUUACAGAACCCACGGAAAUAAUACCGAUCAAAUGCGAUGUUCCUUACUUUUGCACGUCUGGUACAGGAACUAUAUGUGAAACGCCGAUGACAACAACCAAAACGCCGAUCACAACAACCGAAAAGCUGAUGACAACAAGGAAGAAACCAUGCGCCAGAAGAAGAAAACACCCAUAAAGCGGAACAAGUGAUGAAGACUAGUGAUUUUUUUGGAGAAUCAUCCGCAAUGCAAAUACCACAUGUAUCCUCCUUAAUAAAGAGUAAAAUUGUGAUUUCAAACA